AGAUAAACUGAUCUGUCGAAAUUCACUUGGACAUAACAAUGUUGGCGUGAACACUACUUUCUGCAAUAACUUUAUGAAUACUUAAUAUUAUAAUUAGUGUAAUCUCAAAAAAAGUAUCAAAAAUGUUGCGCCAAACAGUGAUUCUGGCUUUAUCUUUAGGAUGCCUGCUCCAGCUGACCGCAGUAUCAGGCCUGUGGUCGUGCAGUACCGACAGUGACUGCAGCAGCCUCGCCGGCGGGGUGUGCCGCGAGGGAGACUGCGUGUGCGCAGCUGGCAUGCAGUCAGUGUUGGGGGGCAGGUUGUGUGCUGACGUAUCACCGUACUACACAUCACCAUGUUUUGAGGAUCAUCAGUGCUUCAGGCUCUCCUUCUACUACGAGUGUCGACGUGACAAUGGGACUGCUAGCGACGAAGCCGGCGCAUGCGGCUGUCAAGAUGGCGCCCACUACUUCCGCGGACGAUGUUGGAAGAUGGUGGACUACGGAGAGCCGUGCUCCAGGGAUGAGGAGUGCAUGAGUGGAGUACGCGACCCGCUCAGUAUGGUGUGUGAUGAGACCUGCGCGUGCGCACCUGGGCGGUAUAUGAGGCAGCGCGGCGAGUGCCGGGUGAUUUCAGAAAAUGUGGGUGAUUCGUGCGUGAUAAAUGAGGACUGCCGAUUCCAAAAUGGCGCGUGCGACAUUCUUACCCUCACGUGUUAUGACGCUGGCGCAGAUCAGAAUUCAGCAAAGGCAACAAAUUCACACAUGAACGAAGGCACUCCAAAUGGCAAAUCAUCAGAGCUUGUCAAGUCGUCGGAGACGGCAAACUCAUCCGUAGGAGACAAAAUGGCGGGUUCUGAAAUGGCGGGUGCCAAUAUGGCAGAUUCCAAUAUGGCGGUUUCCAAUAUGGCGUCGAGACAGACUCGUGUGGAAUGCAGCGUGUCAAGUGAUUGUCCUGAGCCCUUCCAGUGUUCUACCUUCGGAGUAUGCGUUUGUCCUGUUGGGUACUACUCCAGUGCUGACGGAAGCACCUGUUUAGCUGAGUUGGGAUCCCCAUCAACUGCAGAGCAGUGUGUCGGACUGUUUGCUGUUGUCGUCGACGGCGUUUGCAGCUGUCCCGUGCACUUCUUCUUUGACGAAAACCUGAUUGACUGCUCUAGACCUACUCGCCGUCUCACCGACUCGUGUCUCAAUGAUGCCGCUUGCAACACGUUUGGGCCGGCCGUCCGCUGCACCGCGCCUCAGCUUCCUUGGGGGCUGCGCAGCUGCGAGUGUAUCCCGGAACUGGCUGUGUGGGAUGCUAACAGGCAGAUGUGCCGGUUGUUUGUGGGUAUUGGCGAGGCGUGCCAGGUGGAUAGCGACUGCCUGGCCGGGGAGCUGGAGAUCCAAUGUGUCAAGGACGAGGAAGACCAGGGGUACUGCGCAUGUCCUGAGAACUACGUCGCUAUGGAUGGUCUCUGCAUCACGACGGGACUUGAUCUUGGUGACACCUGCCAAGUGUCUCAAGAAUGUACGGCCACACCGAACUCGGCCUGCAACGAUGCGGUCUGUGGAUGCGCCGACGGCUACACGGAGGUUGACGGCGUCUGCGCACCUUUGAUUGGUUCAGAAUGCGCCGUGAAUGCUGACUGUGUGAUCGAGAACACAAUUUGUGUCAACUCCACCGGUGGGGACCUCACUUGUCAGUGUGGAGAUCAGUUCGUGGAGUUCAAUGAAGCUUGCUGGCCAAGAUUAGAUGACCAGUCCUCUCCUUGCGAGGUAUCAGCACAGUGCCAGCCCUUCAUGGGCUCAGACAGCAUGUGUUCAGAGGGACAGUGCCUGUGCACUGAUGGACAUCACCUCCGGGAUGGAGGGUGUUGGCCACAGACUGCCCUGUUCGAGAGCUGCAGUCGCUCCAGUCAGUGCUACCUGGUGGAGCACUCGGAGCGCGUGGCCUGUCGUAACAGCCGCUGCCAGUGCCACUUCCACUACCCCUACUCCGAGGAGCUGAUGACGUGCACUUCUUCAGCUUCAUACGUUCAGAUCAGUUUUCUGUUACUGACAGUUACAUUCACAUAUUCUUUCCUGUUAACUUGAGAUUAUAAUAAACAUUUUAUACGCAUUA